AAUAUUAACAAUAAAUACAUGUAUAUUGAUUGUCCCAGAUCUGUGUAACAGAAAACCAUUACUAUUGUAAUAUAUUAUAGACUCUUCCAUGUAAUCUUUGCUUACCAAUUCUGUAUCUUUUACAAUUUAAGAGGGAAACAGGUAUUAAUAAUUAUCAGUAAAUGUUAUACUAUAUUUAUAUAGUUUAGCUUCAUUUAAUACGUUACUAACUAUGGAAAAUUCUUUAAAGAAAUGUAAAUUAUAAAACUUGGUUUGUUUACAACUGUAUUUUUUUUAUUACAUGUAUAAACAUGUAGUAAAAACUGUAAUUAGUUUUGCAUUAUACAACUCCAGUAUAAUCGAUUAGUGCGUUUUUGUUUCAAAUAGAGAAUAAUUUAUAAACGGUAUUACAUACUUUUGAAAUAUACAAGAGUUAUUUAUUUAUGAACAAAACAUUGUAUACACAACUUUGUCUUUCAGUGACAUAAAUUGUGCUUGAAAUAUAUUUUAUAUUUAAAUAUUAUGUUAUUAUAAUAUCUUCUAUGUUAUAAACAUUCAACGUUGUACAUGUAAAAAAUUGUAAAUCGUUUCAAUCAUCGCACAACGGAAUGAUAAAUAAAAAUUAACCAAACACUGUCAACAAUGACAUAUGUUUCAGAUGUUGGUAUCCCUGCUUCAUCCCCCAUCCUUCAUUGUUUCUAUUUAGUACCCGGUGUGUUUGCGUUUUUCGUUGUUUCUUGCUGAAAGUUUUGCUACAGGUUCUAGCAGUUUGACGAAAAUUGUCGACAGAAAUUAUUUAGUGAAUAAAGAAGGCGGAGGGGGCAGUAAGUGAAAAAAAAUGGAAAAUUUGGAGGAAGUGCUGCAAGCAUUAGACGAAUUUCAGAAAAUGCGUCCAAGCGAAAUACCUCGAGAACUCGAGGACUAUUUAUGUUGGGUCGCAAAAACCGGUGAUCCUGUUUAUCAGUGGCCACUAAUAAAAACUCUGUUCAGAGAAAAACUUACUCGCGUAAUGACUGAUUUCUACGAAAGCUGUCCAUCGCUUGAUCUCGCACCUUGUCCUAAUGUCGAACAUUUUAACUAUGAUACUAUGAAAAGCAAUCUUUUGGAACGUUUAGAAUCUUUUGCAAAUGCUCCAUUUACCGUGCAACGAAUUUGUGAGUUAUUGACAGCACCACGUAAGGAGUAUAAUAGAGUUGACAAAUUUAUGCGAGCUAUUGAAAAGAAUAUCUUGGUUGUUUCUACCAGAGAACCCGGAUCAACAGCUAGAAGAAAUGAGAAUGGAGAUGGUAUGGUCAAUGGAUCUGUAGAUGAAGAUACAUCAGUAACACAACCCCCUCGGGACAUAGAAAUGGAAUAUUGGGAAAAGGACUGUUCUUCCACAGUUACAAUUAGCGUACCUACAGUCGAAAAUGAAACUUCAUUGUUACAAACUGUUGUGCCAACUACUACUGUAGUAAAAAAUGUGUUUGGUACAGAAGAGAUUUCUCAUGAAAAAGUAGAAUCGACAUCUAAAUCAGAUAAUGAUGUGUCUAACUUUAUACCUACAACUUCAGAGUUUACUAGUGUUCCCAAUUUAACUUCUUCAACACAAGCACAAAAUUCACAGAUAGAACCAACAAUACAAAAUUUAUCGACCAUGGUUCCUGAAACUUCUGGAAUUGUCAGUGAUGUUUCAGAAGCUAUGAUGAACGAAGAUACCAGUUCUCAGCCUAGUUUGGAACUGGAAAAUGAUGGAGGUGAAAUUGCAGAUUCUUCACGAAAAUUGCAAACUACCUUUCAGACAAAAGAUUUUAGUUCUACUGAAAGUAAGCCAUUAAAGUUUUAUGUAGAUAAUUCUAAAGUAAAUGAAAAAACAGAAGUUGGAACAAUAUCAAUUCAUGUUCAAGAAGAGUCAAAUAAAGUUGAUGAUGUUUCAAUGAAAUCAGAUAUUGAAUGCAAAACAGUACAGAAUAGCAAAGAAUCUGUUUCUCCAAUUGUUGAAAAUCUUUUAAAUACUUCAAAUGAAAAUUUGGAAGAUACGAUCAAGUCAAGUACUGAGGUAGAAGAUACACAAACAAUUACUCAAGAUACACAUGGUUCAAACAUAGAGAAUAAAGAAGAACAGCCUUUAAAAAAUGCUGACAUAGGAAAUACAUCUCCAGAAAACAGUUUAGAGAAGUCUAGUAAUGAUGUAAGUCUAAUUAUUGAUAAUGUAAGUACAGAAGAAAGCACAUCCACAAACAUGUCUGAGGAUACUCCUGUAGAUGUAGAGAACUUAAAGGAAUUCAAUAAAGAAGCAGAACUAACAGAAGACUCCAAACCUAUUGUGGAAGAACCAUGUUCCAAAGAUAAUGCAACAGAAAAUUUCAAUUGCGAUCAAGAAAAAAAUAAUCUAACUAUAACUGAAGCUAUAGAAGAUGAAACUAGAAUAAUAAAAUCUAUAGUACCUGAUCCAAUACCCAUUAUUGAGGAACCAAAAGACACUGAGGCUGUUAAUACAAAAGUAGAGGGUACUGCAUCAAUUGUUGAAAUAUCAGAAAAUCAAGAAAAUCAAAAUCCUAUAGCAAUGAAUCAGUCAAGAAAUGAAGAUAAAAUGUGUGUUGAAGAUAGCAAUAUAACAGAAUUGGAAGGUAAUAAUAUUACUACUUCUACUAUGAUUAAAAUUGAAAAUAGUGAUACAGUAAUAGAAAAUACUACGAGUAAAAAGGUACAGGAACCAGUAGAAUUAAUGGAAGUAGACGAAGAGGAAACGUUAUCGGUAUUUCAGCAGAGUGAUGAACCAAUGGAGCAAGAAGCAGCACAAUCAUCUAGAAGUUAAUAAUGUGUAAGAAACAGGUUCUAUUACUUUUAAUGCUUGAUUUUUAUUUAAACAGGAAGCAAAAAUAUAUUGAAGAAACAAAUUUACCUAUAUAAGAAAAUCUUUAUUGUAGUUUAAAUAUGAUUUGUAUGACUUUCCUUAGAUGAUUUAAUAUGUAAGACAUAUAAGAAAAUAUCAUAAAAUUUGCAAAAGAUUGUCAAAUUAUAUAUCAUUUAUUGCUUUAUUAAUUUCAUAAUUGCAAUUAAAUCAAGAAAAAUUUUGGUAUUGUACAGAACUUGUUCAUAUGAAUUUCUAAGCUCCUGUAGAAAGCAAAACACUGCCUAUUCCCAGAACAUUAUAAUAGUAAUGACCAGUUUUGACCACGGUUUGGGUUUUAACUCAAAUCAGUUUGUAAAAAAUUUCAUCAUGGAUUUAUACGGACAAAGUUUUUACUUAGGAUGUGGCUGUGGCUCAUGACUGGAGCAUAUGAAAUUCUACUGAGGCUCCUAAUGAAUACAAUGUGUGAUAGUUACAUAAACAAAGUAUAUUAAAUACAUAAUUUGAAAUUUUAAAAUACUUUUUACUGGCAUAUAGAAAUUCAUUGGUAUGCCUUUGAACAUGGAUUAAACUAUAAAUUUAAUUAUUAAAUACCAAACUGGUUACUGGUCUUAUGUACAGAAGGAUCUUUUGAAACUUAAUUAAUUGGUGAAUAAUUGACAAUUCAAAUAAUACAUCAAUUUUAAAACAUUAAUAGCUUUCAAUAAUGUAUGUUCACAGAAAUGACAAAAAGUGAUAAAGGUUUCAAUUGUAUUAAUACAUAAUUGGAAUCAAAAUAUAGAUUCCAUUUUAUGAAGCAAGUUGUAACCAAUAAAUAAAUGCCUUUAUUACACAUAUUAUCUACAUAAAAAUAAUGUAAAACACAGCAAGGAUAAAAGUUUGUUUUUUCUCUAAUUAGAAGGAACAAGUGAUAUAACUCUUUUUAUACUUUGCUGUGUUUUUCAGUAUAAAGAUAAUAGUUAAAUAUUUUAUCAGGUAACACGAAUAUUAUAAUAGCCUCCUUUUCUCCUGAAGGAGAAUAUACUAGACUUGUAUAAUGUUUUAAAAAUUAUCCUAGUUUAAUUAUAAUAAUUUACUUCUGGUCAUGUGUUUACAUUGGAUAUUUUUAAGCAAAUACACAUUUAAAAGUAAUUUAUCAAGAAGUAUAUUAAUUGUAGUAAUAGAGUAUUAAUUUAAAAAUAACAUAAAUCAAUGAUGCAAAAUAUAUUGAUAUAACUUAAAAUAGCAGUGUAUAUUGUUUUAUAGGAAAAUAUAUUAAAAAUUAUUACCAAAGUGGGAUUAUUUAUAAUACCUGCCUUACAUCUUACAUCAAAGAAGACACAUGGUUUUGUGACUUUUACAUCAAAAUACUUACUUAAGUAUUUAUGCAUUAUAUACAUUAUUUUGAUACACUAAAUGAAGAUAUAAACACAUUAAAUUCCAAAUUUAUCUCUUGUU